GAUCUUCUUAAGGUUUUUGGUUGUGCUUGUUUUGUUCUUCUUCCACCACAUGAACAUAACAAGUUAGAGCCUAAAACUUCAAGUCUCAUGUCAUGUUGUCUUUUGGGAACACAUUAUGUUUUCCUCGUUAUCAAACUUCCAAAUGCCAUCUUUUGAUCAACCUUCAUUUUUUACUAAUCCUUCUGUUGAGCUAUUCCUUAGUGAUUCUAAUGUAGCUACAUUUGAUGAGCUAUACAAUGCCUCACCACAUGCUCCAACUAGUUCUACAGAAGUUGAUCUGCCUGUUGGUAAUGCAUUAGAUAAUUUUGAGCCUUUCUCUACUUCCUCAUCUAUAUCACUUGUUGAUGUUGCAUUUGAUAUUGUUGAGUCUCCAAAUGAGCUUGUUGUCCCAUUCUCUAGUCAUCUUACUCGAAUGGAUGUGAAAAAUGCUUUUCUUAAUGGUGACCUAGAAGAAGAAGUUUAUAUGAAACAACCUCCUGGGCUCAACCGUCCUCUAAACAAUACUGCUCGGGGUAUGGUUCUUUUACUUCUUUAUAUUGAUGACAUGAUUCUUACUGUUGAUGACAUGAUUGUUACUGGAGAUGAUACCGCAGUCACCUCUUCAAAUGAUGGCUACCCACUUUCUCAAGUAAACUAUGCCUCUGAUCUUGUCUCUAAAGUUGAACUCAGUGAUAGCAAAAGUGUUUCUACACCUUUUGAACCUAAUGUCAAGCUUACACCUAUGGACAGCUUUCCACUUUCUUAUCCUACUCGCUAUUGGUAAUUGGUUUGUAGUCCAGUUUAUCUUACCAUGACAUGCCCUGACAUAGCAUAUGUAGUUUACAUUGUUAAUUAGUUUAUGGCAGCUCCUUGCUCCACUCAUUAUGCAACAGUACUUUGCAUUAUUCGCUAUAUUAAAGGAACAUUGUUUCA